UUUUUAUUGCGCCUUUCGGGGCGUGUUUUCAGAAUGCGCAGCCGGGCCGCGGCCAGAUGCACAGUCCUCGGCGCACUGAGCACCGCCACAGUCCCCCGCUGCAGGAUCCUCUCCGUGAUGGCCAAGCGUGAAGAAGUGUUCAACCAGCCCAAGGUAGAGCUGCAUGUGCACCUCGAUGGAGCCAUCAGGGUGCAGACUAUUCUUGAUGUUGCCAAGAGACGCGGCAUCUCUCUGCCAGCAGAUACAGUGGAAGGAAUGACGCAGAUCAUUGUCCUCAAAAAGCCAGUCACCCUCACCAAGUUCCUGGGAAAGUUUGCAGAGUACAUGCACGUCAUUGCCGGAGACAGAGAGGCCAUAAAGAGGAUAGCCUAUGAGUUCGUGGAGGACAAAGCCAGAGAGGGAGUGAUUUAUGUUGAGGUCAGAUACAGCCCACAUCUUCUGGCUAACACCAAAGUGGAGCCAAUCCCGUGGGGACAGGCUGAAGGGGACGUGAGCCCAGACGACGUAGUGCGCCUGGUUAACCAGGGCCUCAGUGAGGGGGAGAGCGCCUUCGAAAUCAAAGCCAGGUCCAUUCUAUGCUGCAUGCGUCACAUGCCAAACUGGUCCAUGGACGUGGUGGAGCUGUGUAAGAAACACCAGAGUGGUGGCGUGGUCGCCAUCGACCUGGCAGGCGAUGAGUCACUCAACUGUGAAGCCAAUCCAGAGCACAGGAAGGCCUACGAGGAAGCCGAGCGCUGUGGGAUCCACAGGACGGUCCACGCCGGAGAAGUGGGGCCCCCGUGCGUAGUGAGGGAGGCUGUGAAAGUGCUGAAGGCUGAACGGGUGGGACACGGCUACAGAACCCUGGAAGACCAAGAUCUGUACAAAGAGCUGCUGCAUCAGAACAUGCACUUUGAGGUGUGUCCCAUUUCCAGUAAGCUGACAGGCGCCUGUGAGCCAGACUUCACCAAGCAUCCGAUCAUCACGUUCAUGAAGGACAAAGCGAACUUCUCGCUGAACACGGAUGACCCGCUGAUCUUCAACUCAACGCUGCAACACGACUACCACAAGGCGCACAAACACAUGGGAUUCACAGAGGAGGAAUUCAAACGAGUGAACAUCUGUUCUGCAGAGUCAUGCUUCCUGCCCGAGGAGGAGAAGAACCAGCUCGUCCGCAGACUGUUAGAGGAAUAUGGGAAGAUACAGUCGACUGCGUUUUAAACGCGACAAAAAUGGAAGCCAGAGGAAGAAGUGUGAACCAACAACGGAACAAAUCGCUCUGAACCCUUAAUCUCACCCACUUGACACAUCAGAAUGUCCUCUCCAGACCAAACAGAAAACCCAGAGAACAGUUCAGGAAAUAUGCAGCUGCUGCCUUCACUUCAUAUAUUUUUACAUUAACAUCAUGUCAGUAUUCCAUCAAAGUAUUUAGAUACUUCUAUAAUUCUAUAAUUUCCAGAGGAAGUCCCGGUGCUCUGCAAGGUGUUAAAAAUAAGGGAAGAAAAAUGUUUUGUUUAUGAUGCAAAUAUGUUUACAUGACACCUCUGGAUGCAUUCUUCAUCUUGUGUUUACAUCCUGUUGUAUUUGUAAUUCAGAGUAUUAGUUUAUCUUUUGGGGUGAAAAACAGCGGUAUGGGAUAAUUGGGACAAUUAAAACAAAAAUGGCACUUUAAUUAAAAAAAAGUAAUGAAUCAAGGAUCAGAAACAUCUUUUUUUUCCCCUAUACAAGUAACAAAAAGUUAAACCACCCAAUACCAAAAGAGAAGUCUUACAUUAGCACUAGGGGGCGCUCUACUGUCACCUAAAUGGACAGUUGACAGACCAUAGACUUGCACAUUGUAAUUCCUGAAUUCUUUUGAAUUACAUAUUUAUUCAAAACAUUUUAUUUCCAAACCAACACCUCCAGUUAUAACAGACAUGUUGAUGGCACUUAUAAAAAAUAUCUUUAAACAUAAUAAAAGCUAUAAAACAAA